AUGUUCCGCAGAGCGGCUUCGAGCCUUUGCGGUCGCUGUACUGCGUCGCUUCGUAGUCAGACUGUUGUAGGGCGAGUUGGACAGCUGGCGAUACGGCCUGUUGGAGCAAUUGCAUCGAUAAGUACGAAGCGGACCACGCCGAGCAAUUCAGCUUCCAGGACCUUCACAACAACCGCGGAAUCAAAGUCAGAGGCAGCAGCUCCGGAGAAGGACCCUUCCACUUCGAGUCUGAGACUUAGCCAAGAUGAUCUUUUUCAUCCCUUUUCGUCAUCUCCGGUCCCUGAGUUCCGCCGCCGUGCAGCUUUCAUGAGACAACAUGCGCAAUGCCCUCACCCUGACCAUAAACCAACGAAGCUUCCGACCGUGGCACCAAAGCCUGAUAACUCCGGGGAACCGACUGGGACCAUGCCCCCUGCCCAUGUUGACUUUGAGUGUCCCGACUGUGGAUUCCCCGUCUAUUGCAGCAAGGAGCAUUGGAUGGACCACUAUGAAGAGCACCUGAAGAUUUGUGAUACUCUGCGGCAGAUCAACGAGGAUGACCACGAUUUGCGGUCGGGCCGUGUAUUCUUUGAGGGCAACCUUCCUGACCUACAAAUGGAUGAGGCCGCAGUGAAUAUGACGAAUUGGGAUACCUUUAUGUACACCAGGGAGUUCGAGGCUGUUAACUCAGAUCGCUCCAUGAGACAAAUCACGCGCCUCCUCACCUACCCUGUCACCAUUGGCAGCGUUUUGCAUGAAUUGAGUCCAUACAGCCUCAAAAAGGGAGAGCGACUGACACCAGAAGGCUUGAAGAGCUUCAGUGCAUUGAGAUAUAACUUACACCCCCCAAGAACUGGCAGAGGUGCAGGGGUGAACCAACUUCGCCCUGAGCCGCCGCCGGUUAGGGUGUUCGUUCUUGGUGCGCGGGCAGAAUCAUCGUUGCCUCGGGCAGCUUGGACGCAAUUAGCUCACCUUUUUCCCGAUUCAAGACUCCAUUUGGUGUUCAUUGGACCAGAAAGCAUGGCUAAUCGAGACGACGAAUUCCCCUUGCCUGAACGAACUCCUUCGAAUCCUUUUGGUGCCAUUGUCGAAGACCGUGUAUGGUACAAGAUGAAAAUAAGCACAAUUGUCGACUACUAUCACACAAUCCACAAAACCGGCCAUUUUGCGCCCUACGAUCCCUAUUUUGAUUGCUUUGUGCUGUUCCAUCCUGGCCUCGGCCAUCCGGCAAGUAGCCACGAGUGGGAGGAGACAUUGCCGCUUCUUUUGGAGACCAAAGUGCCAAUUAUCGCGACUGGGUACACGCAGUUUGAUCUGGAACGCGAUGUUGAGUGGGUUCACAAAAAAUCAAAAGGAGAGUUUGAUAUUCUGCUUGAACCGGGUGAAAAUGUCUUCCGAAGCUUGAGAUGGGAUCUGAACGACAUGGAUCCGCAGGAUAUCAGUUGCGGAAACUGGGGAGUAUGGGCUUUCCGAGGCAAGAGGUAUGCAUACUAG